AGUGGCUAUUACUUCUAAUAAUUGGGGCCAAUUUCCCAUUCUUGUAGUGACUGAAAAUAUUGACCCUUCUUCAUUUCGCAGUGGAUGUGAGCUCAGAUUUUGGCAACAAUGGAUUUAUGACUGUAUUCCAAUACAGAAAAAUGAUAGUGCAAACAGUGACACCCGCAUAGAUGUCCAGAAUGAAGAAGAUAACCAAAGUAAAAUAAGCGACACCAAUCUCUCAGGUACAUUCAAACGUCGCUUUGUAUCAGCUAUGUUCGACAUUCUAGGAAUAAAGAAUAUCUAUGAAAUGAAAUUGUGCCACCAUUAUUGCUCGACAAUCAUAGACCACUUCUCCCGAAUGUUAAAAACAUUAGACAAGGAGCAAGUGAAGGAUGCCUUGCACACUGCUGCUGCUUGAGGGCUUGUUGAGAUCUUUGUUGGUAUAGCAAAAGCAAAUCCUGAGCUCAUACAUCGCUGUGAGAUGUACAAGACACAUGCUUUCAUGGCGGCCGUUCAAAGUCGACAAUCGCAAGUUUAUCGCCUUUUGCAUGGAGUUUCUACUAAGCAAGUGAUCGCAACUAGAGUUGGUUCUCCAAAGAACACCAUGCUACACAUGGCUGGACUUCUCGCACCUUCUGAUCAACUAAGUAAGAUCCCUGGACCUGCUUUGCAAAUGCAAAGAGAACUACAAUGGUUUAAGGAAGUAGAGACAAUUACAUUGCCUCGACAUAAGUGGUACAAGAACACACAAGGAUUGACACCCCGAGAGUUGUUCACACAAAAACAUGAGCCAUUGUUGAAUGCUGGAGAAAAGUGGAUGAAAGAUACGGCAAGUUCUUGCAGUCUCGUUGGUUCUCUCGUCGCUACAAUAAUGUUCGCCGUCGCAUUUAGUGUUCCUGGAGGGAACAACCAAGACACGGGUUAUCCCAUAUUCUUGAGCAAAAAGUUGUUUAAGAUUUUCAUUAUAUCAGAUGCUAUAUCACUAUUCUCAUCAACUGCCUAUGUAUUAAUGUUUCUGGGAAUUCUUACAUCGCGUUAUGCAGAAGAUGAUUUCCUCAAAUCCUUACCAACAAAGCUAAUAAUAGGUCUUUUCACUCUUUUCUUAUCUCUUGCAACAAUGACUAUAGCUUUUUGUGCUGCCCUUUUAAUCAUGUUGCACAAAGAGACUGGAUUUGUCAUCACUCUAUUUUUCCUUGCUAGCCUUCCUGUGACAUUAUUUGGGUGGAUGCAGUUUCCUCCUCUGAUACAGAUUUUGAAAUCUACCUAUUUGGGUGGACCAAGCAUCUUCAGCCCGAAAGUUCAACGCUGGCUAUAGAAUUUUUGUUUUGGUUGUAAGGAUAUAUUGGUGUGUUGAUGAUCAUUUAUGUAUUUAUUUGCUUAAUUAACU